AUGGUCUUGAGCGGAUACUCGGUCAUCUAUCUCGUGCGGACAAAGAUUCUUUAUGCUGUCCGCAAGCAUCAUAACCGCAGAAGAUCUGGAACUGAAGUUGAAGGCUUCAUCAGGGGUGCGGGCCGUCUCCAGGACUGCCUGACACAACUGGAAACCUGCCCGGAAAAGGAUGUCCUGACAUACAUCAAGGCCGUACUUUCCGCAGCCCACCGGGUCAACAGGGCGACGGAUCUCGACAAAAUCUUCCAGGAGUUUAGCUCAAGGGACGUGGAUCCAUCAACGCAAAAUAGCUUCCGGCUACGGCUAGGCAAGAUUGCCAACUAUUGGGAGUGUGCCAUGUACCUGCUUCGAACAGCCAAGGACUCGAAAAUCUUCAAGGAAGCGGAGGUCAAACUCCUGUCUCUCGACUCGGGCUGCCUUGUACGAUGCGAAACUGGCUCUCCCACUGCCUUUGGCGCCAGAAACAUAACUUCACGGUUGGUGGGCUUGGGCAAGACCAACGAGGCCUUCCUCUCGACCGUCCGGAAAUCCCUCCGCGAGUCGCGUGUCCAUGCCGAAGUCCAAAUUGUGUGCUACUAUGAACUUCAUCCACAGGCUUCCAAGCCACGCGUUAUCUGCUCCAGCAAGGAUGCUUGUUACCUCUGUAACCUGUUCAUCAAACUCCACGGAACGUUCCACAUUCCCAGAACCCACGGCAACCUCUACUUCGGCUGGCGGAUUUUACCAAUCCCUGCCCUCAACCGCGUCCUGGUCCAACUCAACAAAACUUUGGAGACCCGGAUACGAGAAGUCGUUGGAGAACUCAUGACCUUCAAGAAUCCAAGUCUGAUGUUAUGCCUUAAUGAGAACGAAAGCACAGUUUUCUCGUUUUCGACCCAUCUGCCUAAAACGGCCACUUCUGUGAUGACGGCCGAAGCCUCGGGCAGUGGAGCCCUUGAGGGGCUUGACACCGCUCAGAGAGGCUUAUUUCCAACCGCGGACAUCCCUUCUCCCGGGCCGUUGUCGUUUGAAAUUCCUCCUCCGGUAGCAACGACGGGGACUCAUGACCGAGCAUCGGCUGCUCCUAUGGGUAUUACCUGGAGGCCCCCAACGGGCCAGGAAGGCCAGCAGACUACGUCCAGUCUACCAGGCGGACAAUCUGUGGAUCAUAAUGGUCCCCCUCCAGCUAACGGCGAAGCUCAUACUGAGUUGGCGACGGGGUUGGCCAACUCGGAUGCGGUGCCUGACGAGUUGGCCAACGCUUCUUCCCAUGCACGCAUGAUUCCAAUAAAUACAAACCGUGUUUCUGAGCAGGUUGAGUCAGGGAUUGCACUGGAGUUAGAGAAACAGCCCAAGUCAGGACUGACGCCAAACCUAGAUCUUGGAAGGGACCCUCGGUUGAAAACAGGCCGGCCACUAGAACCAGUAGCAGGACUCGAUGAGCCAAACCAAAACCAUGAACCGGCAUCUGAUCUUGGGAAGGCAAGACGGAAUGGAGAAGCAGAUGUCGAUGGCCUACAGACCCCUCCGGGGUCCAGUUCGAGCUUCAAGCAGGAACUCGAGACCGAACUCGAGCAGCUGCCAGAGCCAGAGCCAGAACCAACAUUAGGCCAAGUACCAAACCCAGACUCAAACCAAGAACAAGACACCAGACCUAGCUCAAGCCCAACAAUUAUCCCUGACCCCGCUCCCGAUCCCACUCCAUUGCUCGAGGCCGGAACACCCCGUCAACUGCAUCUCAACAGAGAUCAAGUCCUCUGCCUCCGACUAGACGACACAACGCAAAGAAUACCCUGCAUCACAGCCGGGCGCAUCACCAUCCUUCCUGAGAUCAUCCGCUCCCUGAGGAAGCGGUCCUGCUGCGUUACCGAGGCACGCAUCCACUGGCUUCCGCGACGGCGGGCUGCAGCUUUCUAUAUUGCGCGGCCGAGGGGGUUUGUCGAGCUUGACAUGUUUUACGAAGGGGGUAGAUAUUGA